AUGACCCACAUGAAGCAGUUGGCCAUUGCGUUGUUCCUAGUGCAUGCUGUGUGCGCCCAAGAUGACGAGGGAAGGAUAAUUGGAGGUUACCCCUGCAUCCCCCACUCUCAGCCCUGGCAAGCCUAUCUGAGAGGUAACUACAUCUGUGGGGGAGUUUUGAUCGAUCCAUCCUGGGUGGUCACCGCUGCGCACUGCUUUGGCGGCAACAUUGUUGUGUACCUGGGGAAACACAACAUGAAUACCUGGGAGAAAGGAGAACAGGUCCGGAUGGUGGCCCGGUACAUCCGCCACCCUCAAUAUGAUGCUCGGACCUUCAACAGUGACAUCAUGUUGCUUAAGCUGCAGAACCCUGUUGCAGUCCGCCCGACUAUACAGCCUCUGAGGUUACCUUCAGGCUGCUCUGACCCUGGUACAACAUGCCUCGUUUCCGGAUGGGGCACCAUCACCAGCCCCCAAGCAACUUUCCCAAGUGUCCUGCAGUGUGGGAACGUCAGGAUUAUCACCCGAAGGACGUGUGCGGCCUCUUAUCCUCAGCACAUCACAGACAGCAUGGUGUGCGCUGGUGUACCAGAAGGUGGAGUGGACACCUGCCAGGGCGACUCCGGAGGACCACUGGUCUGCAAUCAACAGUUGGAGGGGAUAGUCUCCUGGGGCAUGGAGAAAUGUGCUCAGGCCAACCGGCCUGGGGUUUACACCAGAGUCUGCAACUUUGUGUCAUGGAUCCGGGAUGUCAUGUUGAGGAACUGA